CACAAAAUGUGAAUGCAUUCUUGAACGGUAGGAAAUGGGAUAUAAACUCUUAGGGUAGGAAUAGCUUUACCGUUUACUUUUUGUUUUUUACUUAGUGCCUCUAUGUCACUGCUUACAUCACUCACACAAGCCAGACGAUCAUAUAUAAGCAAACAGCACCCGCCGGGAAACCCAGAAACCGAAGCUAAACGGUCUAAAAAAGCUUGGCAGGCGUCAAUGGCGAAAACGGUCCCGAGGAUGAAGCUGGGCUCGCAAGGCCUUCAAGUGUCGGCCCAGGGCCUGGGCUGUAUGGGCAUGUCCGCCUUCUAUGGCCCACCCAAGCCCGAACCCGACAUGAUUCACCUAAUCCGCCGCGCAGUCGACUCUGGCGUCACCUUCCUCGACACCUCCGACAUUUACGGCCCCCACACCAAUGAAAUUCUCCUUGGAAAGGCUUUGGGAGGUGGGAUGAGAGACAAGGUAGAGCUGGCAACAAAGUUUGGGAUUAGGCUUGUUGAUGGGAAGCAUGAGAUAUGCGGGGAUCCUUCCUAUGUACGAGCUGCAUGUGAGGCGAGCUUGAAGCGGCUUGGCAUCGACUGCAUUGACCUCUACUACCAGCACCGCAUUGAUACCCGGCUCCCCAUUGAAGUCAGCAUGGGAGAGCUCAAAAAGCUAGUUGAAGAAGGGAAAAUAAAGUAUGUGGGUCUGUCCGAGGCCUCGGCCUCGACAAUCAGAAGAGCGCAUGCUGUCCAUCCAAUAACAGCAGUUCAGUUGGAGUGGUCGUUGUGGACAAGAGAUUCGGAGAAGGAAAUAAUUCCUACUUGCAGGGAACUAGGAAUUGGAAUCGUUGCAUAUAGCCCCUUGGGACGAGGGUUUUUAUCCUCGGGUCGCAAACUGGUCGAGAAUUUUUCUGAAGGAGAUCGGAGAAAGGAUAACCCAAGGUUCCAAGCAGAGAAUGCGGAGCACAACAACAACUUGUACGAGAGAAUCCACGAAAUGGCAGUAACGAAGGGAUGCACCCCAUCACAACUGGCAUUAGCCUGGCUGCAUCACCAGGGGAAUGAUGUCUGUCCCAUUCCCGGCACCACUAAGAUCGAAAACCUUGACCAAAACAUUGGGGCUUUGUCUGUCUCUCUGUCCGAAGAGGACAUGAUCGAGCUCGAGUCCAUUGCUUCUGCAGUGAAAGGCGAGAGGCAGUCCCCUGGUGUUUCAACUUGGGAAGAUUCCGAUACUCCGCCUUUGUCAACAUGGAAACCUACGUACAAUCCGAUAUAGAGGCGUGUCUCAUUGGGACACACAAUGGGUUGUUGUGAAGCAUAGAUGUACCAAGAAUAAAGUAAAACAAUGAAUAAGAUGUACUACUAGUAGUGAAGUGAUGCUUCAUGUUUAAUUACAUGUUAGUUUUAUUUCUCAUGUUUUGAUCUUGAAUGAAAGGAGGCAUUGUGCAUGGGUGGAUCACAUUAUUACAAAGUAAAAGGUAACAGUCUUGCUGGAGUUGGAGUUUAUUUUAAAAAAACACAGCAGUUAUGGUAAUCUAUGUACUCAACUCCAAGCAUUAAGUGGUAGGUAGGGGGAUAACUAAUUUCUU